AUGACGAACGUCGAUGAGCUCUUUAAAAAACCAUCCGCUACAGGUAGUGCUAAGCGCAAAUUCGAGCCUGUCCAAGAUCCAAAUGAGGUCUAUAAAUCAGCAAAACUAGAUCCAAAUGUGGAUAUGAGAUCCAAGGGGAAAGCCCCAAUGGUGGAGGAUGAGAUAGACGACGGUGAAGCUGGACCCGAGCUCCCUCCAGACUUCGACGAGGACGUCCCAGACGACGAAGAAGGCCGCUUCUUCGGCGGUGGAAUGGAGCACAAGACAGCCCAGGCAAUGGAAUACAUCGAUGAGCAGGAGGAAGAGGCUGCGCCGGAAAAGUUCGACUCUGCGUGGGUGCGCCGCUUCGCAUUGAACUUCGAGAAGAAGAUCUCCAAGAACGCUGAACUUCGAGCAAAGUUUGAGAGUGAUCCGCAAAAGUUCAUGGCUUCCGAGGCCGACCUGGAUACUGAAAUCAAAAGCUUGUCAAUCCUGUCUGAACAUUCUGACCUAUACGAGGAGUUUGCCAAGAUGGGAUGCGUUGCAUCCUUGACCUCUCUCUUGUCGCAUGAGAACGCCGACAUUGCAAUUGAUGCCAUCCAGAUAAUCAGCGAAUUGACAGAUGAGGAUGUGGAGGCAGAGCAAGAACAAUGGGAUGCUCUUGUUAAUGCAAUGAUCGAGGCCGACCUCAUCGAAUUGUUAGCUCAAAAUCUGUCCCGACUCGAUGAAGGGUCUGAAACAGAUCGAGCAGGAGUAUACUAUGUGCUAGCCGUAAUGGAAAACCUGGCCUCUCAGGCGUCGCAUGCGGAGAAAAUUGGACAGGACGCUGCAAUAUUGCCUUGGAUCCUGUCACGUAUUCAGCGAAAAGAAGCGGUUCUCAGCCAAAACAAACAAUAUGCCGCAGAAAUACUGGCAAUCCUUUUGCAGUCUACCCCAAAGAAUCGCACGAAGUUUAUUGAGCUUGACGGCAUCGACAUCCUCCUCCAGCUGCUCAGCGCGUACCGCAAACGCGAUCCAGCUAAGGAUUCUGACGAGGAAGAAUAUGUGGAGAAUCUGUUUGACGCCCUCAUCUGCCUUGUCGAGGAAGAUACAGGGAAAGACAAGUUCGUGGAGGCCGAAGGAGUUGAGCUUGCACUGAUCAUGCUUAAGGAAGGCAAGUUCAGUAAGCCACGUGCUUUGAGGGUACUUGACCACGCCCUCGGUGGAAUGGGAGGUGCACCGGCCUGUGAGAGGUUGGUCGAGGCAGCUGGCCUGAAGACAGUUUUCGGAAUGUUCCUGAAGAAGCAAGAGGGUCAAAACAUCGAACAUUUCUUGGGAAUCUUUGCCUCUCUUCUCCGUCUUCUGCCUGGUGGUUCUGCUCCCCGCAUCCGGACCUUGGCCAAGUUUAUGGAGAAGGACUAUGCGAGGAUCGAGAAGCUCGUCAAUCUCCGGCGCGAGUAUGCCGCGCGCGUCUUACCCGUCGAACAGGCCAUUAAAAAAGAGCGCAGGACGUUUGACAAAGAGGAGCAAGAACUUAUGGCUGGCGAAUGGCUGUCGAGGCGGCUCGACGCAGGUUUGUUCUCAUUACAGACAAUUGAUGUUAUUUUGGCGUGGCUUCUUGCCGAAGAUGAUGGAGCGAAGCGGAAGAUCGUCUCACUGCUUGCGGACCGGGACGAAGAUUUGUCCCUGAUCCGCGGGACCUUGCAAGGUGAGUAA